AUGAACAGAGCUUUUCUUUUCUCGAUGGCGCUCGCACUCGGCAGAGUGCUUGCUAAUCGACCGUCGCAAGACAACGAGACGAUCUUAGUCCUGGAUCCCAAGCUCAUCAACGCGCAGGUUCCCAACCCGGAGGAUAGCCAGAAGUAUUGGGCAGCAGUGGGCAAGCCCAGUCCCUAUCUGAGCGAAUAUUACGGGCUGCACGUCCUCCAUCCGGUGACCAAGGAAGAUGUUGUUCGCGAUUUCGCCACGCAGUCCCCGUCAGACAGUGGAGGAAACAGUCUGAGCCUGGACCUCGAGGGAGGUGGGAAUGUGACUUUUCAUUUUGUUAAACAUCUUGCAAAGACAGAUGGCACCAUUGUUGACUCCGGCCACGACUACGCGUGGUUCCACGCCGCCGAUGUCGACCACCUGCUAUCAUUACUUGAUUCGUUCCAUCUGAUGCUGGAGCAGCGCGGGCUCGCAAGCAAAUACCUGAUAUCGAAUCCUCACCUGGACCUGGAAACGCGCGACAUGGCAUGUCUCACGGCAUCAAACAGUCGCGUAGCCUUGACGGAAGACCCCGAUCGAUCCAAGUUCCAUUCAGCGGGCCCUGAUGCGCUGUUGGCGGUGCCUGAUCCAGUCCAUGGAGAUCCCCAGCGCUACGCGGAUAUCCUGGACAUCGUCCAGAAUGAAACAUUCGACUGGUUCGGGAUCGAGAUGUACGGACAAGACGUUCAAUCCACCAUCGAUGCAUUUCUCUCCGAGCCCGAAGGUUCGCCCUCUUUUAUUGCGGCGAAGCAAAAGCUGCUCGACGUCUCGUGGACAUAUUUCCAUGCCCUGGAGAAAACUCCCGAGGAUAAUUACUAUUUACGUCUAAUAGACAUCUGCCGGAGGCGCCAGAUUCGCGUCUAUGGCAUGGAUAUCGACAUGGUGUACGAUUUAUUUGGCCAUGGUGAGACGCCCUUCGGUAAUAUGGUUCGCAAUUCGUUCUGGGUUCAGGCUCUUCCUUUAUCAGGGAGGGGCAUUCUGUUUGGUGGCUCAGAGCACUUCAAGGGUGCUCAUCGUGUUCAGGGUCUCCCCUCUCUCUUCGUUCCAGAUUUUCUUCCGUCCAUUUACCGUGGUGAGAAGCUGCUGGUUUUCCCGAGCCAGUGA